AUGUUCUCCAAAAAUGCGCGGCGGGGCUUCGGCCUCAGCGUCCGGCGCGGGGGCGCGCUGCUGUCUCUUGGUCGAGAUGGACCUUCGGUGGUGGUCGCCAAUACGACGGCUUUCAUCCUUCCCCGCGACAGUCGUGACAAGAGCUUAUCAGACGUCGGCUUGCAGAUCCAGCAGAAGUUCGUGGACAUAGUGGCCUCGGUGCGAGAGCAGCAUACUGCGGAAGAGCCCGGUCGCGAGCCCGUGCCGUUUGCGCUGGCUGUGACGGAGGCGCUUCUGACGAUAUACCUGGACAAAAUAUCCGGUGAGCUGGAAGAGGCAGUCUGGGAGGCAGACACGCUGAUAAGAGACUAUACCGGGGUGCGGCAAGAUCAGGCUGGCACUCCGCAACUCGAGAAGCUGCGCAUCACAAAGCAGCUUUUGGACACGGUCCAAUCCCAGGCCAAGAGCUUCCAGACAGUUCUCCUGCAGGCACUUGAGGACGAGGAUGACCUCUCAGACCUGGCGACGUCGGUUGGACCGACCAAAGAGGAGUGGGAGCUCUGCUUCGAGUACUACUCCCAGAGUGCCGCGGAGGUCGACGCCGAGGUCUCUGCGCAUGUCGAAGCGAUGGAUGACUUGGAGAACUUCUGGCUGCUGAGAUUGAGCGAGCGAAGGUUGGAGCUGGAGAAGUCACAGCUGUGGCUGGAGGUCGUGGGCCUCGGGCAGAACGUGGCUGCCGCGAUUACCGGCAUUUUCG